GUUUAAUUUAACUGCUGUCUUACAUGAAUUAACAAGAAAAUGCUGUUUGGAUUUUAUAUUCUGCUCAUGUUCAGAGUUGCACGAUGUGCAGACGAUCAGAUUUUUGUGACAGAGACUGUUGGUGUUGGACAUUAUGUGACUCUGACAUGUACCCGCCAGAAAUCUGAGUAUGAAGCAAACCUGUAUUGGAUCAGGCUUAUUGGUGGAAACUUGCCUGAAUUCAUGGGAGGAACAUUUUCCUUUGAUUACGAUGGUGUUAAUAAGACUCCCCGCAUUACAACUAAACAACAGCCUGGGAAAUUUGUCCUGCAUAUUAAUAAAGCUGAGCUAAGUGAUACUGGACUUUACUACUGUAUAAAAGUGGACGGACUUAACAUGACAUUGUUGAAAGGAACAUUUCUGAGGAUUGAAGAACCAGAAUCUGAUAUCAUUGCUGUCACUCAAGACUUUCCAUCAGAUCCAGUCCAUCCAGGAGACUCUGUGACUCUCCAGUGUUCAGUGCUCUCUGACUCGAAGAGUAAAAGAUGUCCCGAAGAACACAACGUGUACUGGUUCAGAGCUGGAUCAGAUGAAUCUCAUCCCAGUUUUAUUUACGUUCAUGGAAAUGUUGCUGAUGAAUGUGGAAGGAGUCCUGAGGCUCGUUCUCCACAGAAAUGUGUCUACAGCUUCUCUAAGACGGUCAGCUCCUCUGAUGCUGGGACUUAUUACUGUGCUGUGGCCACAUGUGGAGAGGUUUUAUUUGGAAAUGGAACAAGACUGGACAUUGAAGUGGUCAACUUGUGGGAUUUGCAGAAGGCCAACAUAGUUCUGCCCCUGUUGUGUGCAGCUUUGGCUGCAAGUCUGAUUGUCAUUGGCCUCCUGAUUUAUUCUAGCAAGAAAAAAUCUUGCGAUUGUUGCAAUGCUGCUUUGCAAACAAAUCUUACCACAGCCAGUAAUGAUCAGCAAAGUCAGCAGAGAAAUGAAGACUCGUUGGUGUAUUCUGUAGCAACUUUUACCAGCAGGAAAGUUGGCAAAGCGGGGAGAAGGAACGUAAAGGCAUCAGAGGGAGAGACGAUCUACAACGAUGUCAGAGCUUUUGUGGCAGAUUAA